GGGCAAACAACGGGCCAGGUAAACAAGCGGACUAAAACUACAAAAUCCCACCCCAGCGCCAGAUAACGAUUGUGGCCAGUUCGUCGUCAGUAGCAGAUUAGACAGGGCAAUCGAAACCACCAGUAAAGGCAAACAGUGGAAUCGGCUGGAAAACAAAAUGAAGAACCUUGCAGAGCGUUCCGCUGGGUCUCUUUACUGGUGGCUGCUGGCCACACUAUUCCUACCGAUAGCCAUUCCCGGUCUAGUGCUGAAGCUGCUGACGAUGAUGAAGGAACAACGGAACGCGCGCCAUUUAAACGGGAAGGUCGUUCUCAUUACUGGCGCUAGCUCGGGCUUGGGGGAAGCGUUAGCGCACAGCUUCUUUCUGGCCGGGUGCAAGGUAGUGCUGGCCGCCCGUCGUAAGGACGAGCUGGAACGGGUGCGAAAGGAUCUGCUUGAGCUGCAUGCGACCGUGCCGACCCAUCCGCCGAUAAUUCUGCCGCUCGACCUUUCCGAUCUGAACAGCAUCGGCGGCAAGGUGCAGAGCGUGCUGGAAAUACACGGCGCCAUCGACAUACUGGUCAACAACGGCGGUAUCAGUGUGCGGGGCGAUGCCCUCUCGACGGCAAUCGAUGUGGACAUACGGAUAAUGCUGGUCAACUACUUCGGCUCGGUCGCGCUCACGAAAGCUUGCCUACCGUCGAUGAUGGCACGCAAGGAGGGGCGCAUCGUGAGCAUUUCCAGCGUGCAGGGCAAGUUUGCCAUCCCGCACCGUUCCGCGUACAGUGCAUCGAAGCAUGCGAUGCAAGCGUUCUGCGACAGCUUGCGGGCCGAGGUGGCGAAGGAUAACAUCAAGGUGACGCUGAUAUCGCCCGGUUACAUCAAUACGGCGCUGUCGCUGAACGCGCUUACCGGGACCGGUGCAUCGUAUGGCAAAAUGGACGCCGCAACGGCGGGAGGCGCAUCGCCCCAGGACACAGCGUCCAGCAUACUGAAGGCGAUCGCGCGGGACGAAAAGGAUAUUAUGCUGGCGCCGAUUGCACCGCGCGCAGCCUACUGGUUGCGCCACCUGGCGCCUUCCGUUUACUUCUGGAUAAUGAAGAAACGGGCGGAAAAACUAAACUCCACGUAAACAAACACCAAAGAACGACAAACCAACCUACACAUUCUUUCUAGUUCCUUUCAUUUCAAUCGACAACGGGUGUGUGACCAUGGCAGGGCGCAUUAUAUGUUUUUUUAUUGUUAGUUUACAAUUAUUGGUAGCUAUUUAAAACUAUACGUUUACCACCCCGAACCCCAUUCAACCUUUCCCCCCACCCAUCGUUACCUUCUAGUGCAUGGGCAUUAAUUAUUUGAUAGUGAAGCAACAACACACACACACUCGUUACCCGAUAUCAAAGAACGCAAGGCGCUAGAGUAGUACGCCACUUGACUAAUUAACCAACGGCAGGAAAAUGUAUAACGCCCCAAACAUAAAACCAAUAGCAGAGCAAUAGCUUGUUGUAUUUUUUUUUUUUGCAAUUAUAAAAUCAAUUAAAGCGAUAAGGUCAUGUUUGUAUAUGAACAAAA